AGAGAGAGGAGGGGUGGGUGGAGAGGAGAGCGAAUUUCACUUGGAAACAUCACAGAUCUAGAUAGAGAAGCAGAUUAUUUCCUCUACUAAAGCCUUCCCUACGCGCUCCAUUGGGUCUGAGUAUUGUCUCAUUGCCUCUUUUACUCACACGGAUACGUUUGAUUCUCACAAAAAAGGAGUUGUGUAUUUUAUAUCAAGACAGAAUUAUUUGCGUGUACUUCGCUCCAACCCGGACGUUGAGGAGACAGGCACGGAAAACAAAUUCGUGACGUCACGGUCAAAUGGUGAUCGACUUCACGCGUGCUUCACAACUGUCUAGGAGAAGCAACUGUUGGGCUGUAGGCAACCACGAGUUUGACGACGGGGUGUCUGCCCUCUACACCUUUGCUAAAGAUUUGAACGCAUCCCUUCUGUCCAGCAACGCUGACCUCACCAACACGCCAGUUCUGCAAGGCCUGAUAGUCAAUUCCACGAUUGUGGUGCGAGAUGGAGAGAGGAUUGGGGUGGUCGGAUAUACCACCACUGAAACCACCUACAUAUCCAACCCAGAGACGGUGACCUUUGACCCAGAGAUCGCGUCUGUUCAGGCAGAAAUCGACAGGCUCACGGCCCAGGGAGUCAACAAGAUUAUCGCCCUUGGUCACGCCGGUUUCCUCGUGGACAAAGAGAUGGGCAGGACCCUCAGAGGCGUUGACAUCAUCAUUGGUGGUCACUCCAACACCUUUCUCUAUAACGGCGAUCGCCCCUCCAGCGAAAAGUCGGCAGGUUCCUACCCUUACGUAGUGGCCAACGCUAACACACAAAAUGGUGUUCUAGUUGUUCAAGACUAUGCCUAUGGAAAAUAUCUGGGGGAACUGAGGGUAACUUUCGAUGACAGUGGCAAUGUGAUCAGAUGGUCCGGGAAUCCGAUUCUGCUGGACAGCUCUGUGGAACAAGUCACAGUAGAGCACAUCCUCACCACCCUGCCCUUCAGGAACGGCGUGGACAUAGUGGUACUCCCUGGACGGGCUGUGCUAGAAGUGUUGGAGCAUGCAGCCAGCUUAUGGAGCAGUGAAGAACCUGAUGGUGGUUUCUUACAGGUCUCAGGCAUGCAAGUCACUUACGAUUUGCGACGUCCUGUGGGUAAGCGUGUUGUUGAGGCACUCACAAUGUGCUCCAAGUGCCUCACGCCCAAGCUGGAGACUCUGAAGCUUGACCGGAACUACUCGAUCCUCAUCCCAGAUUUUAUAAAAAAUGGCGGUGACGGGUAUAGCAUGAUCCGAUCAAACGUCAUCUCGGAGCUCUUAAUCGGAGAUCUUUUGUCUGAAAUUGUAGUCGACUACAUCGAGUCAAAUAGCCCCAUUAUUCAAGGACUUCAGAACCGGAUUCGAUUCCUGGAAGAGAUGGAGAAAUCAGAUCGACUAUUCCUGUAUUGUAUCGGCGGUGCUUCGAUUCUAACGUCUUCUUCGGUUCUUUUGUUGUUACCUGCAAUUGUUAUGUUUUUCUUCCAGGGUUAUUGCACUUUUUAAACUGAGGUAAUGUGCUGGGAUGUGAUAUGAUGAGCUCUGGCGAGCUGAGGUGAGAUAUAAAAAUAAUAAAAUAAAAUAAAUUACACUUUUAUUUGUCUCA